UGAAAACACUGUUAUCAUCUAUAUGUGUUGUGUUGCUGUUCUUGUUAUGCAAUAUAAACAAAACUAAAACCAAACUUAUUUAACAGCCGAACACUUGACCUUACAUCAGCGUGUAAUAUCGGAAGUGUCACGUAAUUAAUCAGUGAGUCCCGUUAGAUCAGAGGGAGGGGCGGGGUUUGUGAGCUAUACUGGGUCCAGCCGCUGGGGGCGAUCGAGACGCGCUGGCGUCACUCUGCAGCAGCGCUCGUGAGGAUCACUCGGUGUGCGCAUGCGCGAGUAAGAGAGCGGAGCUGCGCGAGAGUACCGAGAGGUGUACGUGUUUGCUACUGGCGACCUGGAUGAAGCGCUAUGAAGCAAGAAGUUGACUGAGCAAAGCCAAAGAACAGAAGCAGGAGAUAACAUGAUGAUUAAAAGGAGCAAAGUUUACUGAAAAAUCUUAGUUGGAUAUUUUUCAAUCCUCACACUUUAUCUGACCAGUACCCAUCCAACAAGUAGUGUUUUACCUAAGUUUGAAAAGACAUCAGAAAAUACAUACUGCUGUGAGAGAGUACAUGUGCUUUGAGUGUGGGAAGACUUUUACUACGGCGGGCAGUUUUAAAAAAAAAAAGCACCAGAGGAUCCACACUGGAAAAAAAAAACAUGUGAUCAAUGCGGGAAGAGAUCCACAAUAAAAGCAAACCUUACAGAUGAGAGUUCAUACCAGAGAGAAACCAUUCAUGUGUGAUCAGUGUGGAAAGCGUUACAUUUCCUCGUCAGCCAUAAAGGUACACAUGGACAUCCACACUGGAGAGAAACCGUACACAUGUGAUCAAUGUGACACUUUUUUUUUGAGAGCUUCAUACCUGAAACAGCACAUGAGAGUUCAUACAAAGGAAAAACCACAUUCCUGCCAUUUGUGUGGAAAGAGUUUUUCAUGUCCAGAACAUUUAAAAGUGCAUCAGAAAAUACAUACUGGUGUGAGAGAGUACAUGUGCUUUGUGUGUGACAAGACUUUUAGUUCAGCAAGCAGUUUAAAAACGCAUGAGAGGAUUCACACUGGAGAGAAACCGUACAAGUGUUCACACUGUGACAAGAGAUUCAGAUAUUUAGGAAAUCUGAAAACACAUGAGAGGAUUCACACUGGAGAGAAACCUUACAAGUGUUCACACUGUGAUGAGAGAUUCAGUCAGUCAGGAAAUCUGAAAACACACGAGAGGAUCCAUAAUGGAAUGAAACCUUUUAAGUGCUCACACUGUGAUGAGAGAUUCAGUCAGUCAGGAAAUCUGCAAAAACAUGAGACGAUCCACACAGGAGAAAAACCUUACACAUGUGAUCAGUGCGGGAAGAGUUUUGCAACAAAAGAAAACUUUACGGACCACAUGAGAGUUCAUACUGGAGAGAAACCGUUCACUUGUGAUCAGUGCGGGAAGAGUUUCUCACAAUCAUCAACCCUCAAGUUACACAUGAAGAUCCAUACUGAAGAGAAACUGUACACAUGUGAUCAGUGUGGGAAAAUGUUUUUGUGGUCUUCAAACCUGACAACACACCUGAAACUUCAUGCAAAGGAGAAACCACAUUCAUGUCAUUUGUGUGGAAAGAGUUUUCCAUUAAUACAAUAUUUGAAAGCACAUCAGAAAAUACAUACUGGUGUGAGAGAGUACAUGUGCUUUGAGUGUGAAAAGACUUUUAUUUCAGCAAAGUGUUUAAAACGGCACCAGAGGAUUCACACUGGAGAAAAACCUUUCAAGUGUUCACACUGUGACAAGAGAUUCCGUGAUUUAGGACAGGUGAAAAGACAUGAGAGGAUUCACACUGGAGAGAAACCGUAUCACUGCACUGAAUGUGGGAAGUGUUUCAAACAUUCAUCUUCUUUACACAAUCAUACAAAAAACAUUCACAGUAAGUAGAUCAUCUUCAGAUACAGUACUUUCAGAUCUGAUGCUGCAUCCAUUACAAGAAUCAUAAGGAAACAUUAUC